UAGAUGGUAAGUAUGUCAUAACUUGCGCAAGCGCUUAUAACGAAAGAAGUAGCAGUGAGUUGCUGCCGAGGAACUUCAACUUCAAUAGUGCGAAGCGUUUCCUUGCGCGAUCAUGACGACUUCUACCAAGAAAAGUAACGUAAAGAGCAAUUAUAAGGCUGACGUUAAUUACAGUCUUCAAGUAAAUCGUUGGCUUUUAAAACCAAUUGGUAUUUGGCCGUAUCCAGCGACAGCUUCAACGGCAACGAAAGCUUUCUCUUUUAUUUUAUUUGUAAUAUGCAUUGGAAUUUUGAUAUUUUCGAUAAUAUCCUGUAUAUUGAAUAUUAUAUUUGAGGAGAAAGAUCCACAAGUCAAAUUGAAGACGAUAGCUCCGCUCAGUUAUUGGUUAUUAUCGUCAGUAAGAUAUUGUACCCUUCUGUUUCGAGCUAAUGAUAUACGUCGAUGCGUAGAUCGCAUAGAAGUUGAUUGGCGAAUGAUCAAGAAGAUCGAGGAACGCGAAACAAUGCUGAGAUGUGUGAAAACUGGCCGAUUCAUUGUUUGUUUCAGUGCAGCUUUCAUGCAUGGUGGAAUUUUUGCUUUUAACAUUCUCAAAGGAAUUACACCGGUAAUCGAGAUCAUUGAUAACGUCAGUGUCUCAAUCUAUCGAUUACCUUAUCCGUUUUAUAACAAGAUUUGGGAUACGAAUUUCACUCUAGCUCAUCAAGUUAUUCUUCUGUUACAAUUCGUGGUGACGUUCAUCGUUAAUUCCGUAAGCGUUGGAGCCGUCGCGAUCGCAGCUAUGUUCGUUAUGCACGCUUGCGGUCAGCUCGAUAUUAUGAGAUUAUGGUUGGAAACUCUUGUCGACGAUGUUAACGAUAAAUACGAUUUGACGCAACGGAGAAUAGGUGUCAUCGUCGUUCAUCAUUUACGCGUUCUCAAUUUUGUAACUUGGAUAGAGAAAACCCUCAGUUUCAUAUGUCUCGUGGAAAUAUUUGGUUCCGUAUUCAAUAUGUGUUUCCUAGGAUAUUAUUGUAUAAAAUUUGCAUCGGUUUCACUAUCUCUCGCAAUACUUUUACUUUUUAAACAGCAAUUCAGUGAAAACGAAUUUGGAACGACCGCCAUUUACGGUACAAUAUUUAUAUCCGUAGCUUACAACAUUUUCAUAUUUUGUUACAUCGGCGAUAUUCUGUCGGAACAGUGCAGCGUCAUUGGUAUAAAAGCUUACCUGAUUAAUUGGUACAAUCUACCUGGAAAAUCACCCCUUGGUAUAGCUCUAAUAAUUUUAAGAUCCUCUCGAGUAACUACUCUCACUGCUGGAAAAAUGAUUCCGUUAUGUAUGUCCACAUUUAGCAACGUCGUCCAGACGGCAUUUGCAUAUUUGAAUAUAUUACGUAAGGUAGUUCUCUAA